GGGCCUUUGCUGCCGUUUCGGAGCGCUGUCCAUCAAGUAGUUCCACGUUGAUUUACCUGCACCUGUUGCGGUGUUAUCGCAUCGUUUUUUUCUCUCUUUUUCUCCCCAUCGCCCUCAACGUUGGGGUGGUCAUAACCGUAUUCGCGCACGGGAAACAACGAGCAUCUCCGCUGCGUCUUUCGCCUACCCUUCGUUUGUCGGUAGAAGCUGUGAGUCACGGCGAAGAGAGCGCGCGGGAAAGAGAAAUACAAGAAGCAAAGCGUGUUCUUUUUCCUUGGUAUUCGCCCCCGUUCCGAUGACGUCAACCAACACCGUGGUGCAGGUGUACGUCAAGUGUAACAAGCUGAAGGACACCGAUGUGACCUCAAAAAGCGACCCCUACGCCGUGUUGUACGACACCACCAACGGAGGCCGUAUACGCGUCGGCCAGACGGAAGUCCUGAAGAACAACCUGAACCCGCAGUUUCAAACGUGCAUCCCCGUGGAUUACUUCUUCGAAAUUCGCCAAACAAUGCGCGUGGAGGUAUGGGACAAGGAUGUCCACAGCAAGGAUGACCCCCUCGGCAACGCGGAUUUCACCAUGGGCCAGCUGAUGUCCUCGCGUGGGUCCACGGUAACGUUAACCCUCGGUGGCAAGAGCACGGUGACGCUCACGGCCUCAUACGUUGGGACGCAGCGUGGCACCGUAGCUCUGACGUUCCGCGGCCGCGACUUGAAGAAGAUGGACCUGUUCAGCAAGUCGGAUCCGUACUUUAUACUGAGCCGGCAGCUGCCUGGUGGCCAGCGCGCACAGGUGUACAAGAGCGAGGUGAUUGACAAGACGCUGAAUCCGCAGUGGAAGACAACGCCGCCGCUGGAUCUCGCGAAGCUGUGCGGUGGUGACAUGGCGUCCCUGUCUAUUGUAUUUGAAUGUUUCGAUAAGGAUACGUUUAACGAUGAUAUGAUGGGCUCGUUUGCGGUUUCGGGCGAGCAGCUACUGGUGGCAGGCGGAAAAGAGUUCGAGCUGACCCUCAACAAGAAGGGGAAGACAAAGUCGUACGGCUUCAUCGCGAUUGACCGGUGCGACUACGUGAAGGGCUACAGCUUCCCAGAGUACCUGCAAGGCGGGUUACAGCUGAACAUCGCCUUCUCCAUCGACUUCACCGGGUCGAACGGACCGCCGAACGACCCGCGCUCGCUGCACUUCUACAACCCGCAACGGCCGAACAACUACAUCCGCGCGAUGCUGGCGGUGAGCGACGUGGUGCAGGAGUACGACAGCGACCGCAUGUUCCCCGCGUACGGCUUCGGCGCGAUUGCACCCUUCACCAACGGCACGAGCCACUUCUUUCCGCUGAGCGGCAACCCCGCGAACGCGUACCUGAGCGGGAUGCAGGCGGUGGUGGACACGUACGCGUCGCUGCUGCCGGUGCUGCGCUUCAGCGGGCCGACGAACUUCGCGCCGACGAUCCGCACGAUCACGGAUGGUGCGCGGCAGGCGCGUGGCGUGUACACGAUCCUGCUGAUACUGACGGACGGUGCGAUCACGGACAUGCAGGACACGAUCGACGCCAUCGUGGAGGCCGAUGACGCUCCUCUGUCCAUCGUGAUCAUCGGCAUCGGGCGAGCGGACUUCAGCUCGAUGGAGCAACUAGACAGCGACGGCGGUAUGCUCAGCGAUCGUCGUGGCCGUGUUGCCCGUCGUGACCUGGUGCAGUUUGUGCACUUCAACCAAUUCGAGGGGAAGGAUCCUUCUAUGCUUGCGGCGGCGGUGCUGAAGGAAGUUCCGCUGCAGGUGGAGAUGUGGGGCCGCAUUUGUGGCGUCAGUCCGUCUCACUGA